AUGUCGUUGUUUAAAGCUAGAGACUGGUGGUCCACCAUACUUGGAGAAAAGGAAGAAUUUGACCAAGGCUGUCUCUGUGUUGCUGAUGUUGAUAAUAGUGGCAGUGGACAAGAUAAAAUUAUCGUGGGCAGUUACAUGGGGUAUCUCCGAAUCUUUAAUCCACAUCCUGUGAAACCUGGAGAUGAAAUACAGCCUGAAGACUUGCUCUUGGAAGUGCAGUUACGAGAACCAAUAUUGCAGGUGGAAGUGGGAAAAUUUGUUUCUGGUACUGAAGGACUUCACCUGGCUGUGUUGCAUUACCGAAAACUCUGUGUAUAUGCUGUUUCAGGAACUCUGGGAAAUGUGGACCAUGGGAACCAGUAUCAGAUUAAACUGAUGUAUGAGCACAAUCUUCAGAGAACUGCUUGUAAUAUGACUUAUGGUCCGUUUGGUGGUGUAAAAGGUCGAGAUUUGAUAUGCAUACAGUCCAUGGAUGGGAUGCUCAUGUUGUUUGAACAGGAAAGCUAUGCUUUUGGCCGCUUUCUACCUGGUUUUCUUCUGCCUGGUCCCUUGACUUACAGUUCUCGAACAGAUUCUUUCAUUACGGUGUCUUCUUGUCGACAGGUUGAGAGUUACAAGUACGUGUUCAUGCUUAGUAACUAUGUCAUAUUUGGGUGCUCUUAUCUAGUAUGUAAACAAAUUCAAAAUACCAAGUGCUGGCAUUUGCGACGGAUGCUGAUGAAAGACAAGAAACAGAACAGCAAAAACUUAGUUCUGGAAAAAGACUUGCG